UUCAUCAUCGAUCUCUUGCAUGCACGGUGCCAUUCAGCCAUGGGGCAAAAUAGUUAUUCUUCACCUGUUGAUCUUGCCAUUGUUGUUCUUGCACUAGUACUGGCACCAUUCGUCUAUGUUGCUGCUUGGUCGUCGUCGUCGUCGUCAAAUCUGCAGCAAGCUAGCUUCGCCGUCAACACCGUCGGGAAGGGGCCCAGUCCUGGCGGCCAAGCCAGUUUCGUCGUUGACAACAAUGGCGCCGGGACCAGCAAGCUACCGCAGAACUCUGGCGGCGGCGGCAAAGGCGGGGCUGCCGGCAGCUUCGACGAGUUCAUCGCCGAGAACGUGCAGAGCUACACAGCGAACGCGCAUAUCUACGCCGAGAAGGUGAAGAUUGGCACCGGCGGGAAGGCGGUGGACGCCGACCUGUCGGCGGCCGAGGCCGGGGCGGUGAGGUACGUGGUGAGCACCGACGGCAAGGGGAAGUUCAGGACCGUCACCGAGGCCGUGAAGGCCGUGCCAGAGAGGAAUAAGAAGCGGGUCAUCCUCAACAUCAGGCCGGGCACCUACAAGGAGAAGGUGUGGGUCCCGUACACGAAGCCGUUCAUCACGUUCCUGGGCGACCCCAAGAACCCGCCAGUGAUCACGUGGGACGACACGGCGGCGACCCGCGGCAAGGACGGCGCCCCCGUGGGGACCGUCGGCAGCGCCACCGUCGCCGUGGAGGCCGACUACUUCAUCGCCUCCGGCAUCGUCUUCAAGAACCACGCACCGCUGGCGGCGCCGGGGCAGAAGGGCGGGCAGGCGGUGGCGCUGCGGGUGUUCGGCACCAAGGCGGCCUUUUACAACUGCACCAUCGCCGGCGGGCAGGACACGCUGUACGACCACAAGGGCCUCCACUACUUCAAGGGCUGCGCCAUCCAGGGCAGCGUCGACUUCAUCUUCGGCUUCGGGAGGUCGCUCUACGAGGACUGCACCAUCACGUCGGUGACGAAGCAGGUGGCGGUGCUGACGGCGCAGCAACGGACCAAGAACAUCGUGGGCGCCAUCGAGAGCGGGUUCUCCUUCCUGCGGUGCAAGAUCACCGGCGCCGGCCAGAUCUACCUGGGCCGCGCCUGGGGCGACUCCUCGCGGGUGGUCUACUCCUACACCACCAUGGGCAAGGAGGUCGUGCCCGUCGGCUGGGACGGAUGGAACAUUCAGAAGCCCGAACGGAGCGGGAUCUAUUACGGGGAGUACAAGUGCAGUGGGCCGGGGGCGCUGGCUCAGAAGCGGAUCGGGUGGUCGCUGAUCCUGAACGACAUCCAGGCCAAGCCUUUCACCGGCACGCACUUCGUCUACGGCGACUCGUGGAUCCUGCCGCCGCCCAAGUAG